CCGCAUUUUAAUCAAUCAGUGACUCGGUUACUUGCUGUUAACCGUGACAUAGUGGCACAACCAUAGACCAAAAUGUACGCAAACCAUAAGAAUGGUUGGUACACAUGGUUAACCGCAUUGAACCGUUUGCGGUGCGCGAUCGCGAUUGGCGAGUAUAACUCUAUUUCGGUUGCGGUUAACCGCAAAUUUCGGUGCGAUUAACCGAAACCGCACCGAUUCCCAGCCCUAGUUCGAUCGUUAGGAAGGAAUUGGAUCCUUUUUUUUAGGCUGACCCGACGGUGAUGGUGAUAACGUGCACAUCACUCCACCCCCACAAAACAAACAAACAAACAAAUGCACAUGCUAUUCAUUCAUUCACUAAUCAAUGCCGCUUCUUCGGUUGGUCGGUCGCAUUGCAAUUAGACCAGGAAAUUUCCAAUCGCCAAUUAUUCCCAAAGAUAUUGAGGAAUUAACCACUCACAGUCUCGUGGCUGUCAUUCUCCAGAUCACCGACGGACGAUCGACGACGACGUGCCGCCUCAUUUCUCACAAGCAUUUUUCUAAGAAGUGUCGGUUUGCAGGACAUAGCCGGGCCCGACCGGUCAAUAAUACUCGACUCCACAGACGUUUCCAGUGUCGGUCUGGUUAAUUACACAAUUUGCAAUGUGACCCCCGACGGCCGCCGACGUCGCCCACCGGUUACAGACCGGCAUGAUUAGUUCAAUGCUCCGGCAUUCGUAGUCGAGCCCGGGUUUAGGGCACACUUGUCAUUUUUAAAAAUUAUCAAAACAACACGCGUGUGAACUACAAUAAUCAUCAAAAAUACCAGAAAAAGACAACAAAAAAAAAUUACAUAGAUCAGAAAUCUCAUAAAUCAUACUAGGAGCUAACUACACCAGAAAACUCAUAAAGUAUACCGAAAACUCAAUGUUAACCAGAAAUUUUCUAUGGCAUACAAGAAAACCCAUAAAAACCUACUACAACUAUUAUGAACCAAAACAGAAAAUCUAGUUUGUUAUAAAUUACAACAGAAACUCUAAUGCUAAUCCCACAAUUUUUAUUUUUAACUUUUGAGAUUUUUUUUUUGGAGGAGAUUCCAUAUAAAUUUACAAACUAAAAAAACGAGCAAAUAACAUUAAAGAAAAACCAAUUUCACAAGCCCAGAUCUGAUUCCUCGAAAAAACCCAAGUCUUCUUCUCCCCCAACCUCCCACACGACCACCAAUCAGGCGACACGUGUCAACCUCGAACCAAUACCCCACAGGAUCACCGUCCGAUUCAAUCACCACCGCGACAAGUGGGACCUACAGCCCAUCCUCCCGUUCCGUUCCCGCCGCAUGCGAUUACUUUUUCCACCAACCCCACCAAAUCUCCCUCCCACCCCUUAAACGACACCGUUUCGCUCACCCGAAACCAGAUCCAAUCUUAGCCGUCCAUCUCAUCUCCCGCUUCCUCUUUAUAAAUCCCACCAUUCCCCCUUCACUCUCCCUUAUCCCUCUCACACUCCCUUCUCCCCCCCCCAAAAUUCUCAGAUCCCCAAUUCCGCCGACGCCAUGGCUCUCAUCGUCGACAAAACCACCACCGGCCGUGAGUACAAGGUCAAGGACAUGUCCCAGGCCGACUUCGGCCGCCUCGAGCUCGAGCUCGCCGAGGUCGAGAUGCCCGGUCUCAUCUCCUGCAGGACCGAGUUCGGCCCCUCGCAGCCCUUCAAGGGCGCGAGGAUCACCGGAUCCCUCCACAUGACAAUCCAGACCGCCGUCCUCAUCGAGACCCUCACCGCCCUCGGCGCCGAGGUCCGCUGGUGCUCCUGCAACAUCUUCAGCACCCAGGACCACGCCGCCGCCGCCAUCGCCCGCGACUCCGCCGCCGUCUUCGCCUGGAAGGGGGAGACCCUCCAGGAGUACUGGUGGUGCACCGAGAGGGCCCUCGACUGGGGCCCCGGCGGCGGACCCGAUCUCAUCGUCGACGAUGGCGGCGACGCCACGCUCUUGAUCCACGAGGGUGUGAAAGCCGAGGAGGAGUACGAGAAGACCGGGAAGAUGCCCGAUCCGGCUUCUACUGAUAAUGCCGAGUUCCAGAUCGUGCUCACUAUUAUCAGGGACGGGUUGAAGGGCGACCCCAAGAAGUACCACAAGAUGAAGGAGAGACUGGUUGGUGUUUCUGAGGAGACCACUACCGGAGUCAAGAGGCUGUACCAGAUGCAGGCCAACGGAACCCUUCUGUUCCCUGCCAUCAAUGUCAACGACUCUGUCACCAAGAGCAAGUUUGACAACUUGUACGGUUGUCGUCACUCCCUCCCCGAUGGUCUCAUGAGGGCCACCGAUGUCAUGAUCGCCGGUAAGGUAGCCGUGAUCUGUGGUUAUGGUGAUGUCGGAAAGGGCUGUGCUGCUGCCAUGAAGCAGGCUGGAGCUCGUGUGAUCGUGACUGAGAUCGAUCCCAUCUGCGCCCUUCAGGCUCUCAUGGAAGGUCUCCAGGUCUUGACCCUCGAGGAUGUUGUCUCUGAGGCAGACAUCUUCUGCACCACCACCGGCAACAAGGACAUCAUCAUGGUUGACCACAUGAGGAAGAUGAAGAACAACGCCAUUGUCUGCAACAUUGGUCACUUCGACAACGAGAUUGACAUGCACGGUCUCGAGACCUUUCCCGGUGUGAAGAGGAUCACCAUCAAGCCACAGACUGACAGGUGGGUCUUCCCCGACACCAAGAGCGGCGUCAUUGUGUUGGCUGAAGGGCGUUUGAUGAAUCUCGGAUGCGCAACUGGUCACCCCAGCUUCGUCAUGUCCUGUUCGUUCACCAACCAAGUGAUUGCACAGUUGGAGCUCUGGAACGAGAGGUCGAGCGGCAAGUACGAGAAGAAGGUCUACGUUCUGCCCAAGCAUCUUGAUGAGAAGGUUGCUGCUCUUCAUCUUGGCAAGCUCGGAGCAAAGCUCACCAAGCUGACCAAGGACCAGUCUGACUACAUCAGCAUCCCGGUUGAGGGUCCUUACAAGCCUGCUCACUACAGGUACUGAGCAACACCACCAAGUGGAGAGUUGGGGAGAAGUUCAUGGAUGAAUGACUGUUAGGUUCUUCUUUUCCCCCCUUUUUAGAGUUCUGUUAUGUGGCUUGAAUGGGUUUUUGGAGGAGAGAAAUGUGGGUUUGGUCUUUUGACCACAACGGGGAUUGAUGAAUAAUGUUUGUUGGGUUUGGGGAAUGUGGCUGUGUGGGAUAGAUUUUGGGUUUCAGUUUCUGCAAAUUCGGAUUUUUCUGCCGCUGCUGCGUGCUGCGCCGGCUUAUCAUCAUUUUUUACUUGGAAAAGAUACAGAGAAAAUGAAGAUUUGUUGAGCUUCACUAGCAUGUCUUUGAUUGGCGGCUAGUGGUAUCGUAUAUGUUAGGAUGUUAUCAAACUAAGAUUGUAGAUGGUUUCAUAUAAAACCAAGGUUGACAAUGGUUGCAUUACAAAAAAGGUGCAAGACCCUG